ACAGAAUUCCACAGUUUGUGCCACUACCCAUCAUCAAGGAGAUUUUGAGAUCUCGUCAGGGAAAAACUCGCAAAUGACAAAUGGAUCGGUGAAAGAAUCUAGAAAACUGCUAUAGUAAAAACUGCUGAGUGCUGAGUGACGCUGUGUGACUCCAAUGGGUAGUUGAGUCCGAGUUGACCUGCAGAUUGAUCCUCUUGGUGGCCAACUCUUCCAUCCCCUCAAUGAUUGACAGUCAAAAUAACUCAAUGCUUCCGUGAUCUGAGUUCAUUGUGGAGCCUCAACAACAAACGAGGUUGCUCUCAAGUCCAAGGGCUUUCGACUUCCUGAGCAAAAUCUUGCUCGUGGUUUGAUGCUUCGGCUUUCUCGUUUUCUGCUUUUCUUUGGAUAAGUGGUCAGCGCACGAAUCUGCUACUAUUUGGGCUUCUCACACUUUAGCCAAACAAAUGUCCAGCCAUUUUCCUCUUAAUGAUUCAAAGAGAUGAUCAGUCACUUGUUCACUUGUUGAGGGGAUCAAGUAACAGAAAGCCAAUUGUGUAUUUAUUUCUCUUACAUUGAUCUUUAACUGGUAUUGGACAUUGCAGCUUAUAGUUUUUUAACAAUCGUUUCUGUAAGUUCGAUCAAGUUCAGUACUUUAUUCCUCUCUUGAUUAUUUACCUAUCUCCUAGUGGGUGGAUCGCAUUUUAAUGCUUCUUGUUACUCUUAGUGCUCGUAUUUUUUGGAGGGUGGUAAUUUUGGUCUUAAGUUAUUUGUUUGAAUCAUAUCCUGGAUUAUGUUCUUCUUUCAAGGCCUAUUGCCGAGAGAGACGUGCAUAAUUAGUUGGACUUUUUCCAGCAAAUUGAGCAGAUUCUAAUCUUGGCCUCUUUAACAUUGCAAAACUGAAUAAAGUCUCGAUCUUGGUUACCACGAACUCAUAGAAUUCAAAUUAUCCAUUCAAAUUUGGAGGGUUGCACUAGUAAACUGAUUAUGAACUUGUCUUUUUGCUAUAUACUCUUUUAAGUGCCCUCCAAGUUUCUGACCGUUCUCACCUAAAUAGCUCACUUUAAGUCAUUAUCCCGCAGUCAUGCCCAGUAGUUUAAAUCUAGUCGGUGGUUUUUUCGGAAUUAUGUGAGAUAUUUACAAUUUGAUUGGCAAUGUCAAUCUUUUGUGGCCUCCCAAUCCUUGAGUGUGUUUACUGUAUAGCAUGUGCCCGUUGGGCCUGGAAACGCUGUCUCCACACUGCAGGCCAUGACAGCGAGACUUGGGGGUUUGCCACCGCUGAAGAAUUCGAACCUGUACCCAGGCUCUGCCGCUACAUACUUUCUGUUUAUGAAGAUGAUCUUCGGCAUCCUCUGUGGGAACCUUCGGGUGGCUAUGGGAUUAAUCCAGAUUUGAUAAUCCUGAAACGAACUUACGAACAUACACUAGGACGAGCACCUCCUUAUCAGUUGUAUCUCGAUCAUGAUCAUGCUGAUAUAGUUCUUGCCAUUAGAGGCCUUAAUUUGGCCAAGGAGAGUGAUUAUGCUGUUCUCUUGGAUAACAAGUUGGGAAUGAAAAAGCUUGAUGGAGGGUACGUGCAUAAUGGCUUGUUAAAAGCUGCCGGACGGGUAUUAGAUGCGGAGUGUGAUAUUCUGAAAAAACUGGUUCAGGAUUAUCCAAAUUAUACUCUAACAUUCGCAGGACAUUCUCUUGGGGCAGGCGUGGCGGCACUUUUGACGAUGUUGGUGGUGCAAAAUCUUGAUAGGUUGGGAAAUAUUGAGAGGAAGAGGAUAAGGUGUUAUGCUAUGGCACCUGCUAGAUGCAUGUCACUAAACUUGGCAGUGAGGUAUGCAGACGUCAUCAAUUCUGUUGUGCUUCAGGAUGACUUUUUGCCUCGUACAGCCACCCCAUUGGAAGAUAUAUUCAAGUCACUUUUCUGUUUGCCAUGCCUAUUGUGCCUAAGGUGUAUGAGAGAUACAUGCAUAUCAGAGGAGAAGAUGCUCAAAGAUCCAAGGAGACUUUAUGCACCUGGUCGCCUUUAUCACAUUGUGGAGAGAAAGCCUUUUAGGUGUGGAAGGUAUCCUCCAGUUGUCAGAACUGCAGUGCCUGUGGAUGGGAGAUUUGAGCACAUAGUUCUAUCAUGUAAUGCCACGUCAGACCACGCCAUCAUUUGGAUAGAGAGAGAAUCCAGUAGGGCCCUGGAGCUAAUGAUUGAGAAAGAUCAUAGUCUGGACAUCCCACCAAGACAAAAGAUGGAGCAACAGGAGUCGAUUGCGCGAGAGCAUAGCGAGGAGCACAAGGCAGCUCUAAGGAGGGCUGUAACAUUGGCUGUUCCUCAUGCCUUUUCCCCUUCACAAUAUGGGACAUUCCAAGAUGAAGAGGGUAGACAAUCCCACAGCACAGGUGGUGAUUCUUCUUUUGGUUCAUCAAACAAAAGCAAGGCAAAAGAAAGCUGGGAUGAACUGAUUGAGCGUCUGUUUGAGAAAGAUGAGCAAGGUCACAUGUUACUGAAAAAGCCACUCACUGAUGACUCAAGUAUGUAACAUUAUGAUUGCAGCCUUUCCCGUGGUGAUUUGGUGGACCCCUUUUGUCCAUCUCAGAAGGAAGUCUGUGCAAAAAGGAUGUUAUUACUCUCGAGCUCUUCCAUACAAGACACUAAUUCCUUUAUCCAAGAAGAGUGGCUUUUGCUGCAGAGGUGAAUGAGAUGACAAACUCUUAUCAGCAUCGGAUAUUGAUGGUGUUGCGGGGCUGUGCACGACAUUUUUUUCGAUUAAAGUUUAGUAAGUUUGUACUGUGAAUGCAUGCAGGAGAUAGAACGACGUGUAUAUCUUGGCAUUCUUUGAUGCAUUAGGCGGAAGCCGCUAUUGUGAAUAUAAUAUCUAAUCUAAACUACUUAAAGCCGCGAAGCCUGAUGAACAGUUGAUUGUGCCGGUUUCGCUGUGGUUUUGCA